UCCUGAGCGACAGGAGACUUCCAAGCAUCGUGUUCGCAGCGCUUUGGAAAACUUUGGGAUUCAGGACUCAGGUUCGCUCUGGACUUUGUCACUCGGUCUUUUUCCUUUCAGGGAUUUUUGUUUCUCGAGUGUUUGCAGCUUUUAAGAGGAGAACCAUGUAUUCACCGUCUGCGCACCGCUUCUUGGCUGUGUAUCUCACGCUGUUUGGAUACCUUGGGGACGUUUACGCCGGGACAGUCCUGAUGAACUCCAACGCCAUCAAGAACUUACCCGGAGCUUCGGGGGGCAAAAGCGUCAACACUGUCAGCCCGAGUCCGCGCACCUCACCCCCCGGAGGCAUGGCACACAAAUUGCCCGUGGACACCUUGCAGCCGGGUGUUUGCACUGACGAUGAAGACUGCGGAGGUGAUGAAUUCUGCAAUGACGCCCGAGGCGCCUGUCUGCCCUGCCGUAAGAGCCGGAAGCGUUGCGCACGAGACUCCAUGUGUUGUGCAGGAACCCGCUGCAGCAAUGGUGUAUGCCAGGCAAAUGAUAUAGAAGGCACAAAUGCAUCCAUCAUCACUGACGGGCACAAACACAACAACACCAUGGAGCAUCAAGCCAAGAAGCCUCCCACUACCCACGUCCAUCAGCCUCAUGCUGUGAAAGGCCAGGAGGGGGACAAUUGUCUGAGAUCUGCAGACUGCUCAGAGGGUCUGUGCUGUGCCAGACACUUCUGGUCUCGCAUCUGCAAGCCCGUGCUGACGGAGGGCCAGGUGUGCACGCGCCACCGCAGGAAAGGCACCCAUGGCCUGGAGCUGUUCCAGCGCUGCGACUGUGGCGACGGCUUGUUGUGCCGACAGGAGAAAGGGGAGCGGGACCUGAGUGUCAGCAGGACUGCAGCACGGAACCUACACACCUGUCAGAGACGCUGACACAAACGUGUGGACACACACUCUUUCUCUCACACAGACACACACACACUCCUAGAAAACCUUGGGUCAAACACUCUUCAGCCUUGCAUACAUCAGAGAUGCUGACACACACAUUAACUCUAUCUAACACACACGCACGCACGCACACACACACAGUGACACCCAACACCUAAGACAUUCUUUCCUGCCAAAGUUGCUAACUCAAGUCCAGCACCCGGAAGGAUAGACAUGAUUCCUUGAAAAGUGAUACACCCAGUGGGAUGCAACAGUGCAAGAUGGACUGAUCCAAUUCCCCAUCAACAGACGAGGAGUCGGAAGUUAGGAAGUGACAUUUCAGAAGUCUUUGGAGUAUCGAUUCAUGUCGUUGGUGAUGGCAGAGCUGUUUUUUGUUUCUCUUUUUAUGGAACUUCGAACCUCAGUUAUUGCAGUAAAUUACUGUAUUGUAAAUAUUAUCCUGAA